GUUCCCAUUCCAGGGAGACAGCGCUGAGGCCCGGGGACCUUUCCCCCUGGGGAUCUGCCCAUUCCAGGGCACAGAUGGGCCCUUCACGUCCCCUCAGAUAGCAGUCUUGGAGCAGUUCUGUGUUCCUGCUGGGACAGUGUUUGUGGGGAGGGACAGGCCAUUGCGUAGGGUGUGCAGGUCCCAGUUUGGCAGUGCCGAGUGCCCAGGCAAACCAGGUUUGCAGCAGCUCUUCCUUUGUGGCUUGAUCCCAAGCAAGGGUCUUUUGCUUCUUGUUGCUGUGCAGGGAAAGAUGAGAGCUUCCCGGACUCUGCAGAGUGGGAGCAGCGCCUCCUAGAGUUCCUGAGGGCGUCAUUGGCUACCAUGGAGGAUGAGGCCUGGACCAAGGGCCUGAGCUGCGAGCUGAGCCGGUGGCUGAGCAGCUCUCCCAGCAGCUCUGGAGAAAAGUCCUUCCUGUACAAGGCUCUGGGGACAGUGCUGGGAGCUUGUAAGGAAGUCCUCCACAUCCAAGAGAAGCUCCUGCAACACCUGGAGGAAGCAAAUGCAGAGGAGCCUUCUGAGGCCCAGGGAAUGAUCUCUCUUCUCAGCCAUGCUGCUGAGAGCAACUUCCACACAGUCCUGGACACGCUCACCACAUUUGCGUCCAGGCUGUGCAGAGGCCAGAAGGGAAGGAUUUCCAGACGCAAGAAGAUGGAGCUGGACAGUAGAAGAGCUCAGGCCACCCGCAGCGCUCUCAUCCGUGCCCAUGGCAGCUUGGCACUGCGUGCCUCCAAAGAACAGCUGCUUGCCCGCCUGGAGGGAGACAUCGUGGGCAACAUCCUGCUGCUCUACAGCUGCAGCUGCCGGGACCUGCAGAACACGCUUGCGCUGCUGCAGAGCAUCACGGACUUCAGCUCUGCCUUCCAAGCAGCGGGUGACUCUGCCUGCUUUAACCCCUCCUUGAAGGGCAAGCUGCUGGAGAUCCUGACGGACUUGCUGAAGAAGUAUUGCUUGGGCACCCCAGUCUCCCCAGUGCCCCUCAAGGUGGUUCUGGCCCUGGAGCAGUUGAGCAAGCUGAAGCCUUCCUUAGGAAGCAAAGACAUGUGUGACAUGCUGAUUUUGUGCUGCAAGAUUAUUGUGACGCACCCUUCAGCGGAGAUGAUGCUGAAGAUCAGGAAGUCCCAGCAAGCAGCUCAGUACCUGCAGCUUCUGCAAACAUCACUGAAAGCUCUGGGCCGGCUCAUGGUGGUCCUGCUCGAGACAGAGACCACCAGUGGCUUCUUUCAGAACAUAGUCCAUAGAUCAAUGACGUCAGGCAACACGUGGGAGCGCAAGAGGGCCCUGCAGACCUGCUCCCAGCUGCUGGCUGUUUGUGAAGAGCGUGGAAGAGGAGAUGCCUGCAAGCACUUUGGCUCCUUGGUGGGAUUGCUGGUGCCUCUGACGUGUGACCCCAUGCCCACCUCCCGCCAGUUGGCUGUCACCUGUCUGAGCUCCCUUCUCCGAAUCCAAGCCAAGGCGACCAACGGAGUCAUCCAGACAGGAGACAUCGGGAGCCUGUGUGAGGGGCUGAAUGACCGCAGCACCGUCUGUCAGCUCCAGACCUCUUCCAAAAUCGCGCGGAUUGUAUGCAGAAGCUUCUCCCUGGAACACACCAUAGAUUUCAUGAUGGCCAUCAAGGACACCUUCCGGAAGGCCAAAGGAAUGCGUGUGCGUGCUGCUGGGAAGUGGAUGAUCACCUUUCUGCAGAUGCAUGGAAAGGACAUCUGUCGGGAUCUUGAUCUUUCACCGAUCAUCUACAUCCUGCGCAGCUGCAUGUCGUCCCUGCAGCACAGCACGAACACGCCAUUCCUGUGCCAGGCGGUGGCCAUCCUCACCCGCUGUCACACAGACAUCACAAUUGACAGCUUCUUCCACAGGCGUUGAGCCCACAGACAGCAAGACAUGGAGGAGAAUAUGAGAGUUUUUUGGUGCAGCAGGGAGAAGAAAGAAAGGAAAAGCAAAGCAAAGCAAAGCAAAGCAAAGCAAAGCAAGG